AUGUCUUCUGCGUUGGAUAAAGCUCUGUUAGCGAUGACGAUUGAGGAAGAAGAUACUCCUUUCGAUCUUCCAAAUCUUCCUCAAUAUAGUUCCUGUCAAAAUAACUCAAUCAGUCUGAUUGGAAGGAUUCUCAACCCAGACUGUCAAAAGAUAUCGAAUUUGAUUCGAGAGAUGCCGCGAAAAUGGCAGAAAUACGAUCAUGUUCGUGGGAUUGCGCUUUCUUCGGAGAGGUUUCAAUUUAUCUUCAAGCAUGAACAUGAUCUGGUUGAGGUAUAUGAAAAAGGGGUUCACUCAUCUAAUGAUUGGACGAUAGCAAUGGAGCGAUGGAUGGAGAAGCCACCUCCUGAUUAUCUCAAUUUCGUUCAUGUAUGGGUUAGAAUUCGAAAUAUUCCUGUCAAUCAUUAUACGGCUGAAGCAAUUGAGGCUCUUGGGGAUCUGGUUGGUCAUGUGGAUGAGGUUGCUUUUGAUCCAUCAAAGCCACAAAGUAAUGAUUAUGUGAGAGUUACGAUCCUUUUUGAUGUCUCUAAACCGCUGAGCAAAACAAAAGUGGUGAACUUACCAAGUGGAGAACAAGCUACUAUCUCUUAUGAGUAUGAAAGGAUUCACAAAAGAUGUUUUCACUGUCAACGUUUGACUCAUGAGCAAACAUCAUGUCCCUUCAAGCUUCGUUCCUUACAAAACAAUCAAAAUCAAAGACGCCCCCUAGAAAGAGUUAUAAAAGAUUCUGAUCCUCUCUUUGGAGUAUUGGAUGAAAGCCAGGUAGGGAUCAAUCCGUCAACAGGAAGACCCAAGAUAGCUAAUGAAGUUCUUGAGGGCAUGAGAUUGUAUCUCCUUUCUUCUUCGGGCUCUGAAAGAAUCAUAAGAGAACACCGAGUCAAGUCCUCCUUAGCUGAUAUUGGAAACGACCUGAGAGCUCAAAAAUCUUAUCUUAGUUUGGAAACUCCUCCCAAGGUUACUUCUGAUGUGGACAAAGAAAAAGGACAUGUAUUCGGAUUUGAUAAAGUUUCUUCUCAACCUUCUGGUCACCAUAACAAUAAGCUUAUGGCAUCGGCUAUCCAAGUUGGAAGAAACUUUUUCGAAAUCUCAGCUGCUCAAUUCUUCUCUGAAGGAUCGGCACACAACUUUAAAGGGGAUCCAAUGUUGGGUAUGGCACUCUCUUCGGUUAACUCGGCUAAAUCUGGAGAAGCAGGUUCAUCAGGCUUGAGUAUUGCUACUAAAACUGGUAAACCAAGAGGAAGACCGCCUAGAAACAAGAGACUGUCAAAUGAAGCCCCUCUUAAGAUCAAUCAAAGCAGUAAUACCAGCACAGUCAAAAGAAAGGCCGAGGAAGAACCAAAGCGUGACUCUACGAUGAAGCGAAAGCUAAAUGAGGCGGUCCCAAUGGAGGGACUGCCUAAGGAUCAAUGA